GAGUUGGCGUUAAAGAAAAGUGAAUUCCUGCUACAGUCCAGCAUCUAUCGCAAUUCCUGUGGACUCAAUUGUGUUUCCUGUGCAUAAUUUUUCCCGGUGUGUUCGCGUUUUUGUAACGCGAUAUGAAUUAUCACUUUGAUUUCUCGGAUUACGAGAACGCUUCUUUUGAUCCUCAGCGUCAAAUUGAAAAACUCUAUGCCUCUCUUGGUGCAAAUAACCCGACGGAGGAGGAUCGUCAAGUUUUGGUUAAAAAGUUACAGUAUUCAACGAACGAAAUUACAAGCCAAAUAUCGCAAUUGAUUUUGGAAAACAAGAAUGAGCUCGUAGACAACUUUGCUACAAUUCAAGAAGAUGAAGCACAGCUAUCGGCUUUUCGGCAAAGACUAGACAAUGUGCAAGCAGCAUUUGGACGUAUAAAAGCACAGGUGAUUGAUCCGUGCAAGGAAAUUACACCCGUUCAUUCUGCUCUGGUGAACAUGAACAGUACUAUGACAAUGUUAUACUGGACGAAUAGACUUUUUGGAUUGCUGAACACAACAGAAACUCUGCUCACUCCCAUCGAUACACCAACUUGGAGUUCUCAUUUUUCAAAUUACUUACAGGCCGCCCUCUCCUUUAAGGAAGUUGAUACUCUUCAACAAAAGUACCCUUUAGUACAACGUCAAAACUCUGUUAAGGCCCUUCAGGGGAAGGUUGUUCGAAAUCGACAGAAGCUGGUCCAGAAAUCGGUCUCGUUUCUAAUGUCUCAAGUUGACGCAAAUUCCAUGGCAGACACGGAUUCCCUUACUCAAGCCACAUCAACUCUGUAUCUUCUUGAUGUUCAUUCACUGGAACGCGUUCUAAAACAAGCUCUCGAGUCGCUCGUUCAGCGUGCGGUAACCGAGUUCCAGAAAGUAUUCCAACUUGCACCGACUACCCGUAGGCUACUGCAGUCUGAAGCCACGUCUGCCAAGGUUACUGACACACUGUGGUCUAAUUUUGAGGAUGGUUGGAUGAACAUAUCCGAGUUCGCAACUCGCUGCAAAAGACUCGAAUUUGCUGUAGAAAAAUCUCAAGUGUGUCAGCCAGAUCACGAAAACAUUCUUUCAUACCUAUGUUCGCUUCAUGAUUUUAUACUUCAUGGUGCGAACAUAAGUAUUUAUUUUUUCAAAGAGUUGGCCAUCGCAAUUGACGCCAAAGUGCAGGAACUUAACCGCCGUGACCCUCUGGUACUGAAGGUUUUCCGUCAAAAUAGUGAUCGUGUGGUACAAAUCGUUGAGCUGGCAAUCGCUCGAUCUUCUUCUAUUAUUCAAUCAAAAGACAUACGAGAAACAUCCAUCAUCCUUAAUAGCCUCCGGCUUCUCAUACCAACUACAAAAGAUCAUCAGUAAGUUCAUGCAAAUAAGCACAACGUUCUUAUCAUGUUAAGGCUCGCACCGUAAUUAUUUCAGUACUUCUUUGCUUCACUACUACCCACUGGCAAAAUAAUGAUAUAUAUUCCGUCCGGUUUAAUGAAGUAUAUGUAUAUAGGAACCAAAAAAAAGGAAAAUUAAAUUAAAACAAAAAUAGAUAACAACACCCUGAUCAUUAAUCGCGACGAAGAUCGCCCGUAACAAACUGAAGCGGUGGAGGAACCAUCUGUCCGUUUUUGAGGAAAAAUAGCUUCAUGUUACGUGCCUUGUCUUUUAGUUGGACUUGGUUUCGAUCUUUAAGAACUUCACUUUUCUUUCCGCCAGGCCCGUAGAGCUCGAGAAUUUGACUCCAUUUAGGUCCCUUCACCUGGUCCAAACCCUCUAAUAAAGCCUCCUCCUCUUCUUUAGUCCAGCUCCGACGAUUCGUUGGUUUGCGUGGAGCAGAAGAACCGACCAUUCGGCGGACUUGUUCAUACAAUGAGACACUCGAGACAUUUUGAGCCUCCUCCGGUGUUCCAUCCAAGCUACUGCCGACACUGAAUGUCAAUUGAUCGGACAAUUCUGAAGUAGUGUCUUCAGGUUGAGGAGUUCCCGUUGAGACAUCACUUCGUACACCCUUCUUUUUUCGGCGUGAAGAGCUAGGAGGCGUUAAGGGAAUGGCUGAAAUUGAGGAAUGGUUGUUAUGAAUGUAGCAAGCAAUUUCGCUUAGAAACUUGCCCCAAGGAUACACCUCAUUCAAAUCUUCUUGAGGUUCAUAAUUCGCUAGCUGUACAAAAUAUUAGCUUAAACAAUUCAAUCCUAAAAUGCAUGUUCUUACCCUAUCUUUCCGAGCGGCACACUUUUCUAAAAUUUGUUUCUCGACAUACGUCAAUUUGUCAGUCAAGCUUGCUCUCCGGCGAAGGAGAAACUGUUGUGCCAUAUCAGGAGGAAAAAGGUCGUUCAAAAUUUCUUCUUUUGAUCGUUCGGCUUGUGCCAUUGCGGAAAUGUAUGCCUGUGUCUUGAGUUCCAUAAAUAAGACACCCUGAUUUGCCAAAAUCUUGCCGCCAUCAGGUGCAAAUACCUCAAGAAAGUUUUCAUUUAAAUGAAAAAAACCUAUCUGAAGCGCUCCGUAUACGGCUGCAAGGAAAAUAGCAAGAUUGGCCCUUCGAAUAGCUGUUUUUUGAGCAUUUGUCUUCAUAUUAAUAGCAUCGGGAUAGAUGAACGAGUCCUCUGAGUACAUUUCUUUCAAUGUCCUAAACAUGUUCAUUACUUUUGCGAAGGCAAUACCCAUUUCUGAAUCCGGAUUGGUAACUAUUAUUGAAGCCUCUUCAAAGGGUUUCCCUAACAUAGAUAGAAUGACAGCACUCAAGUUGCCGAGUGUUGGGAUCAACGAUGUACGCAAUACAUGCUGAGGAUGCGCAAUGAUGCUGUUCUGGCUAAAGCCAAAAUCCAUCCCAUUGUUCACUCUCAUGUAAAAGUCAUUAUUCAUGUUUAAGGGAAUUCCAGGCAAGUCAAAAUUCAGAUUCAGUCCCGCCGCACUGACAUCCGGCGUAGAAACGCCUCCAGUCUGGUCCGGUAACUGGUACAAUUGUCGUUCAUGGCUAAGAGGAGAUGUGUCAGCAGGAGUCAGUGCCAUUCUCUUCGCAUCCUCGAAUUCUGGAAGUGACGUGUUCAUUCGUUUCGACAUUCUUGAAAGAUCCAAAUUUUGACAUCCAAUUUCUAUCGUAUCACUCGUUUACACUAUAAGCUUCGUAUGUCCGUGUAAAGAACUGAUUGUCGCGUUAAAUACGAAGCAGUACUGCUCAGGUUAAAGUUAUCAAUUUUGUGAGACAUAAAUACGCGCCUCUGCUCCAAUUGGACAGAAUUAAUAUGUUGAUACCAAGUUUUAGGCCAGAUUCCUGCGUCUUUUGCUGUUCUGGCAGUGUUAACGGACUUGGAAAAUUCGCUCAGG